UCAAAUGUCAUGUCAGUGGCUUUGUGAAUCAUGCGUGCAGAAUAAGCGGAAACUUCUUUUUUCUUCAUCUCUCUGAAGAUAUUUCACAUUUAUUUCUCCAAAGUUAUAUGCUGUGGAUCAAACGGGAAAACUAAUCAAGAGUUAAUGCAGAGCUAGUGGCGCCAGUGGCAGUUUGUAAUCACAGUAAAGAGGUUAUUCAAGACAAACUGUGCGAAAAGAGAACAUGUUGCCUAUGCCACUCAGAAACAUGUGACAUUCUCAGUCAAAAAAAGAAUGUGAGGCAGUCUCCGUUAAGAUGACAUCUGUUAACCUUUCCACCUCCAUUCUGCCUUCCUGCACCUACAAGGAGGACUUCAAACGUUACCUUCUCCCGUCCAUCUACAGCUUGGUCUUCAUCUUCGGGCUUCCUCUCAAUUUCGUCAUCAUCUUGCGAAUCAGGAGCUCCCGACAUGCAUUGACAUGCAGCAAGAUCUACAUGCUUAACCUAGCUGUGGCGGACUUCCUGUACGUCUGCUCGCUUCCUCUUCUCAUAUACAACUACGCCAGCUGGGACUACUGGCCAUUCGGCGACUUCACCUGCCGCAUCAUCCGCUUUCAGUUCUACAGCAACCUACACGGAAGCAUCUUUUUCCUAACCUGCAUCAGCUUCCAACGAUACCUGGGAAUCUGCCAUCCGCUGACACCGUGGCCCAAACGAGGUGGACGCAGGCUGGCUUGGAUUAUCUGUGCUGGUGUAUGGGUGGCUGUGGUGGUACUCUGCGCCCCAACGUUUGAGUUUGCAGCGACUGGAAUCCAACGCAACCGUACAGUGUGCUACGACCUCAGCGUUCCUGAUCGUGCACUAGAGUAUUUUCCCUAUGGCAUUGCCUUGACCUGUCUGGGUUUCAUCUUGCCAUUCCUGGUGAUCGUGGUGCUGUACUGCAAAAUGGCAAGGGUUCUUUGCCAGACUGGCGAAGCUAGAGGAGACUCAUCCGAAGAGAAGAAGAGAAAAGCAGUUAAGAUGAUUAUAAUUGUAAUGCUGGUGUUCGCCAUUAGCUUUUUGCCAUUCCAUGUGACAAAGACACUCUACCUGUUGGUCAGGACCCUCCCUACAGCACCUUGUGAACUGAGGAACAUCUUGUCAGUGGCCUACAAAAGCAUGAGACCCUUUGCCAGCAUGAACAGUGUACUAGAUCCCAUUCUGUUCUACUUUACUCAACCCCAGUACAGACGCACUACGAAGGGUAUGCUGCUCAAGAUCACCUCCCUUAAAGACAAGGGUUCCAAAGUGUGACUAGACCACACCUUUGUGGGUGGGUCUAAAAUCAUACUAAAAUACACUUAUUAGGUGGAAGGGAUGACAAAAUUACUUUGGCACUAAGUCUAUACUAAAAUACUUUGUACCAAAAUACUAAGUAGUACCAUGCGCUGACUAAAUUUGGUACCUUUGCACUGUCUGACUCAUAGAUGGCUGCUCUCAAAUGCUCACGUGUGUCUGUCCUUUUAAAGGAGUGUGUUAAAGCAUGCUAAUUUUUGCUGUGGUAUUCAAACUGAUAUAAAAAAUGUUUAAAUUUCUCUGAAAUUUUGAUAUUGUGACAACGCUAUUAGUAAAUGAUACUAAACACACCAUGAAGUCAUAUGUUACUGUAGAUGUAAUUCUCCAAUAUUCUACUAAUGUUCUGUGUACGAAGUGAUACGAUAACAUAAAGCAUGUAGUAGUCUUUUACCUGUACCACGAAGGUUGGACAUAAUGGUCGAAAGAUGUACAACUUAAAACAGAUUGUGGUUUUAUUGAUUGAUUCGAUGUUUUCAUUAAAUACAAGCAAUGUUGGGGAGUAGUUAGCUAAACUAAAUGUAGCCUACGCUACUACCCUAAUUAGGGGCAAAUUUCAUUUGAAAGCGUUCAUCCCUAUACCCUACUCACUCUAAAGGACAGAGCCCUUGACUUGCGUACUCUGAAGGGAGCAUGGAAUUACUGAAUGAAUGUUUACUUUGCUAAAUGUCUUGUGGAAGCAUCCUUCAUGAAAGAUUCAUUUUCUUACUUUCGUUUGUAAUGACACUUUGAGAGGCGUCCCCUUUUUUCAGUGCCCUUCAAGGGCGCAAAAAUGCUUUUUGGAAUUCACCCUACAUUUUUCAGUAGCAUUACAGUUGUUUAACUAUAUUCAAAUACACACUUUCAUGGCGAAAUUGUAAGGAUUCAUACGACUUUUCUAAAUUUGUCUAAUUCGUAUGAUAUCGUGCAACUGCACUCGUUGUUUUAUGUGUUUUUGGAUCGUUUCGCUGACAAAAGAUUGAAAAAAUUAUCUUUCAUUUUAUUAGACAAAAAACUCCAGACAAAAUGUGUUGAGGAAAAUUAGAUGUGAUUUAGGAGCUUUUUGAUAGCUUUAUACAGUGCAUGUAAUUCAAGAGACGGUAAAUGAGGCUGUGAAGGAUAGACUUCAUUCCUGUCAAAAAUCAAAGAUGGCACUACUGUGAAUAAGGUCUAUAAUGUAGCUUGCCAUUAACAAGCUAUAUUUUCACAAAACGCUACAUUUUUGUACUGUGAAUGCAUCAACACAACUCAUGUAAAAUAAUGUAAAUAACUCUACUUAUUUUUUUUAAUCUGUAAACUAAUAUUAAUAUUAGUUUUACUUAAAAUAUGCUUUACUUGCAAACACAACGUUACACAUUAUUUCCUCCCAUGGCAUAUGAUUUUGAUGAACAAAUACUUUACUGGAGACACAAUGUGCAUUUUGCAGGAUCUUUUGCUAUAUAUUUUCAUCAUGAUUCACCUGCUUGCUUGCUGGUGUUUUGAAUCCAGCUUUACAAAGAAACACUUCCUUUAGUUGCCUCCACAUAAUGUGAUGCCUGAAAUGCAGACCUUGUGUUAUAACACAUUAUGCAGUCUUCACUGUUAUAUAUAUAUAUAUAUAUAUAUAUAUAUAUAUAUAUAUAUAUAUAUAUAUAUAUAUAUAUAUAUAUAUAUAUAUAUAGGACUGACAUAGGCUUUAUAUAUGUGUGUAUACUUUAAUACACCGUAAAUUGUAGAAUACAGCUUGCUUAAUUUAUUCAGUUCAACAGCAGUUGAAGGGCUCACUUUAUCAUUCACGAGACCUUUUUAACAUAGAAAAAUGCACAUCAGUAUUGGUGUCUGUAAUAGAAGGGCAAUAUUGAAAAUUGUAUGGCUGAAUGGAAACAUUUGGAACGCAAACAGUAGCACCAUCUGUGUAACACACUACAUCUGUAGCACAUUAUCUGAAGAUCAUUAUCUGAUUGUGUUUGAUGGCUUAAUGACACAUUGGACAAUUCUGCAUCCUGUAUAUGACUUGGUGACUUGUCCAGUGUAUCUAAUGUUAUCAACAACAUGUGCACAAUUAUUGAUUGAGGAUCAGAGCUGACAAAGAAACGCUGUUUGUAAAGCCUGUUUCUGUGUUUGUCCUGUCAUUAUAUUUUGAUGUGAUAUGUAAGAACAGUGCAAUUUAACUGCAGUUGUUGACAUCGUUUGGAUUGUAAUCUGUUUAUAUUUGAUGGUAAGCUGAUAUUGAUAGAAAACUACAGUAACUAUGUCAAUACAAAUACAAACAACUAAAAGCAUCAACACAAUGUGUACCAUGAACAGAUCACCACUUUUAUCGUGAUACAAUUAUAAAACACUGGGUUUUAGUACUUCAAAACAACUGCAGCAUUGUGUGUGUGUGUGUGUGUGUGUGUGUGUGUGUGUGUGUGUGUGUGUGUGUGUGUGUGUGUGUAUUGUGUGUAUAUGUCAUUUGGCCAGUAUUAUGUUGGUGCAAUUUUUAUAUACCUUUAUCAAAAUGAAUGUAUUUUGCUUUUAUAAUUGAAGAAUUCUUUUCUUUUUUUUUUUUUUUAUGUGAAUGGACCAGGUUUUUUUAUGCAUAACAUAACAGCCUAUUUAAUAUAUUAUAUAAUAUUAGUCAAUAUUUAAUCCGCAUCUAAAAGGGUGAAUCUAACAAAGCCUGUCAAGAAUAUGUUUGGAUCACAUUUCACACCAAAUCUAAAAAAAAACAAAAGAAAAUGUUUUAUUUUGCAUAAAGAAAAUAAAGCCUGUUUUUAAUGUUAAUACUGUUUGCAUUGUGACUGUUUCCAUGACAUGAAUAAGCACAUUUCCCUCCAAACUGUUGUUACUGUAAUGCAAAACUAAAUGUCUUUUUAUUACUGUGAAAAAACUGUUCUAUUUAAAUUGUGUACCAUUAAUACACAUCAUCAUAGUAUUUGUAUAAUAUACAUGUACUGAAUUUAAUUAAAUAUAUAUGUUUGGAUUUAUUUAUUUUUUUAUUUAAUUUUUUUUAUCAGAAUCAAAAUUAGGAAUAGUGAGAAUUAAAAACAAAAUGAAAAGUAAAACUUUUUGGUAACUUGGAGCAUCUACAAUCUGUUUCAAACGCCAUGAAUCGUGAGCUGCCAGUAGGUGGCACAUUUUACCAAGGCAGAAACAUUUCCUGUAAUGGUAACUUAUGGUCAAAGCAUUAUUUGAGCAUUUAUAAUUUACAGAGUGAAAGCAUUAAUACUAAUAAAAUGUUUUAAAGAAGAACAUACAAUUUAGUACAUAAAAUAGCUUUAUAUCAUUAAAAAAUUCAGCACUUUUACAAGUCUAUAUUCCUAUAGCAGAAUGUUAGCCAACAUAUUUAAGUCAUUAAAUUUGUGUCUAUAUGGUAGCUUAUCUGUACAGUAACUAUUAUAGGUGCAUACUACUUAUUAAAUACUCCUCUGGAUUACAGUUACUGUGUAAAGAAAAUGUCUUGCAAUAAAUGUUUGCUUAUGUCUGUGUGGUAUAAAGCCUAUAUGAAUCUCAGCAAAUAAACAGCAAAUCAAGUGUAUGCAUUUGUAGUAUGUAAUGUUCAUAUGUGUAUGUUCAUUUUGAGGUAUGUAUAAAUGUUUUUAUUCCCUUAAAUGUGUCAAGACAUAUUGAUUUGUCUGAUUUAAUUAAGUGUCCUAUUAUGCUUUUAUUCUUAACUUGAUUUCUUGUUUGUC